AUGAACAAGUUUACUGACUAUUUUUGUAGGGCUGCACAACUUCAACCUUCUUAUGCACCUGAGCUUACAAUUGUGGGAACCGCUUUAGGCGGAUUAGUACCAAAUGUUAGUUCUGUGUUGCUACAAAUUAAUGGCGGUCCUUUCGCUGGUUUGAUUCCUGCUGGUAUUAACGGCAUGGUUGCCCAAUAUUCUGAACUCCAGGAUGUCAUAAACCAAUACAUCCUUCCAGAUAAGAAGGCCAAAUUCGAUGAUUCCAAAUCACAGUGUUUACUGAGUGAUUUUGCCGAGUACGUUGAUACAAAUUUCUGGACGUGGUUCAAUAAUGGAAAUGAGUUCUUUUAUGAUGCAAGAACUCAAAAGGUAAUCAAUGAGAACACUAUGGGAGUUGAUCCUACUCAGAUUCCAAUCACGCCAUUAUACUUCUAUCAAUCAGAUGAGGAUGAAGUCGCCCCUAUUGUAGCUACUAAUACCUUGUAUAACCAGUGGUGUUCUAAGGGUGUCUCCAUUAACUUCCAAAAGAGUCUUGUUUCAGAACAUAUCAGUGAAUCCAUUGAGGGAUCUGCUGCCGCAUAUUCUUGGUUGCUUGAUAGACUCAAUGGCAAGCCUGUCGCCAAAGGAUGCUCUACCGCUACCAGCUUAUUUAGUAAUGCUCUUCAGAAUUUGCAGGUAUUCGGAUCUAUUAUUGCUGCUACUAUUGAGCUUCCUACUGUAGUAUAUAAAGAUCCAGAGAAUGAAGGAAAAUUCAAGAGUACCGGAGUAGAAAAAGAUGCUGUUCGUCCAAUUGUUGCAUCAAAAAUCGUGGAUUUAGCGGCAUUGAAUUAUUUUAUUAAACUUAUCUAUAAAUCGGCAACGAAACCUGUCGCCAGUUAUAUUCCCCCAGCGCUACUACUGGUAACACCAAGCCAAUGGACCAGAGGUCAGAUUGAAAGCAUCACUCAAUACGCAUUUGAGACUAUCCAAGUAACAGGCUUCACAUUAAUUCCUACUUGUCAAGUAGUGGCUUAUGCUCACAACACUCCAUUCUCGCUCAUAAUCGAUAUUGGCAAAGAGCGGACUGAAAUUAGUCCUAUAUCCGAUUUUCAAGUGGUAGAGAACGCCGUUAUAACUAUUCCGUAUGGUGGGGACUCGAUAACCAGUGAAAUCACGAAACUGUUACCAGAUCUGUCAUGGGAACAGGCUGAAGAUCUCAAAAAAUCGCCUAUAUAUGAAGUUCUCAGUGAAGACGAUACGAAAAACUCAUGGUUUGGAUUGAAUCCUGAUGCGUCUGAGGAUAAUAAUUUAGAGGAUGAUGGUGUUGUAGAUGUAGCUGCUAUUGUUGCUAGUGGUCGUACAAGAGAGAUUUUGGCCGAGCGAGAGCGAGCAAAACAAAACGAAGAAUCUGGCGGCGCCAAGAAAGUUGAGCCUCCUAAUAUGGAUAGAGAGUUCAAUAGCUUCGUAGACCGUAAUGGCAAGACUAUUGAAGUAGGUAAACAGCGAUUUCACGGUACUGAGACGCUGGUGGAUAAACUUACCUUUAGUGUUGGAGAAGCGAUUAAGAGGAUAGAUCAAAUUAUUCGUCGCCAGGAUAUUUGGGAUAAUUUAAUUAUCACAGGUCGUGGUUCUCGUAUCAAGGGUCUUAAAGAAGCUAUCUUUGUUAACCUUCAAGCACGAUUUCUUAUUCUAAGACCCACAACUUACUCAGAGCUACCUUCAACUGUCAACACUGGCUAUAAUACUCCAAAUGCCAACAAUGGAGGUGGUACUCCAGGAUUUAACAACUUCAACAGCCAUCUUAAUAGUGCCGUCAACAAUCCUGCGCUACAUCAAGGUCAUGGACAAGCUCCCACCUCUAUCAAACUGGCUAAAAUGCCCGAGUACUUCCCUGAAUGGAAGGGUCAUGGAUGGGAAGAUGUGGCAUUCCUUGGUGCCGAAAUCGCUGCUAAACAGUAUUUCACUGGCUCCAUCGACAAUGUGUACAUGUCACGUAACGAUUACAAUUCUUUCGGUCCAGCAUAUAUCUGGGAAGUUAUUUAA